AUGGAUGUCAACGACAACGAUCCUGGAAGAAGCUACAAUGUUCAUGGCACAAUGUUAGUCAUAGCUAUAGUAUCAGUAUCAUUCUUUGUAAUACUUGUCAUACUCGUUUUCAUAUAUGUAAGGUGUGUUCUUCAUCGUCAAGCCCGUCGUCGCACAGCCCUCGGACUGCUAGGCCUCCCUCAUGAACCACCAGUGACCGGACUUGAUCUAGCAAUCAUUGAAUCACUGCCGACUAUUGUUUUCAGACAUGACCUUAAGGACGGCGCUAUAGAGUGUGCAGUUUGCAUAAGUAACUUAGAGGAUGGCGAAAUGAUUAGAUUUUUACCAAAUUGCGAACACAAUUUCCAUGUAGCUUGUAUUGAUACAUGGUUAGGUACAAACACAACCUGUGCGGUUUGUAGGACUGUGGCAGAGCCAAUGAAGGUCGUGCUUACGCCUGUAGUAGCCACACCAGAAGCUGCGAAGCCUAUAGAUGUUGAAAGCACAGACAGAACAGGUGAGGAUUCGGGGAAGUACUUGGUUCAUCAUCAAGGUUAA